UUGACCGUUCACUGAUCGCACUUUCUGUGCUUCCCGAACGCAGCAAGUGAACGUCGAUAGCAUGAAAAGGCAUCUUAAGAUAUGAGAGAAUCAACAAACUAGUCUUUCGUUUUCAUCCUCGGGAAAGUUGUCUCGUCUCUCCCGCUGAUUGUCCAAUGUUUCAUUUUUAAUCUGGAUGUUUGUGUACUGAGUUGGUAUUGUAAAUUAAAAUGUCGGUCAGAGUAAAUGCGAAUAGUUCGCCAUCCGUUGAAUUAAGUUCCUAUCGCGAUCAACACUUCAAGGGCUCAAGGGCCGAACAAGACAGACUUUUAAGGAAUUCUACAACUUUAUACGUGGGCAAUCUGUCCUUCUAUACUACAGAAGAGCAAAUAUAUGAAUUGUUUUCAAAAUGUGGAGACAUCAGGCGUAUUAUAAUGGGUCUCGAUAAGUACAAGAAAACACCGUGUGGUUUCUGUUUUGUUGAAUAUUACCAAAGGGCAGAUGCAGAAAGCUGUAUGAGAUAUAUCAAUGGUACUCGAUUAGAUGACAGAAUAAUCAGAACAGAUUGGGAUGCUGGUUUUAUAGAGGGUAGACAGUACGGUCGUGGCAAGACCGGAGGACAAGUGAGGGACGAGUAUCGGUCAGAUUUCGACAGUGGUAGAGGUGGUUACGGUAAAAUAAUACAACAGAAAGUAACAUCACUCUCGGACGGUGGAUUUGGUCGAUGAGAUUCUGAAAUAUUUAACAAUAUGUGUGAAUGACUGUGCGCUGUCCAUAUACAAGUGUUCAAUUUGUUUCAUUAAUUAUUUAUACGUUACACGAUCACCUGGAUUAAUUAGUUUAGGUAUAACUAUGUUUAAAUGAUUAAUUAUAUUAAAUAGAGAAAUAGUAAGGAAGGACUCUAUGGUAAGCUGUUCCAUUAUAGCGUUUAAUAAAGAUAAAUUUAUAUAAAUA